AUGAGCUCUGAAAACAGAAAUGAUGAUCAAGGAUCCGAUCCCGACCGUUCGUUCUGGCAACAAACGUAUUCUUAUAAUGGAAACAGCAAGAUCUUACUCGUUACCAUAAUUUCAUUUUCAACUAUUAUUCUCAUCGUUUUUGUUUAUCAUCUCUACGCAAGAUUCGUUCUUCGCCACCGUAGAUCAACCUUCCAAGACCUCUCCGCCGCUUCUCAGCCGCCCAAACGUGGCCUCGACACUCUAGUCAUUGCUUCUCUUCCUACCUUCGUGGUUGGAGUCAACGGUGCAGAUGACGUGGCGGCUUGGGAGUGUUCGGUUUGUCUAAGCUUGUUGGAAGAGAAAGACACUGCGAGGAUGUUACCGAACUGCAAACACGUGUUCCACGUGGCUUGUGUUGACACGUGGCUCACCACACAGUCCACUUGUCCUGUUUGUCGAACUGAAGUUGAGCCAAGUCAAAUGCUUGAGCCUGAGCCAAGAGAAGGUCCAGUUGGUGACGGUGCUGAUUUUGCGGCGGCGUCUUCGUCGGAUGAUAAAAUAAUUGGAUCAUCGGUUUUACGGUUAGAUUCGUUUCGGAGAAUUUUGACAAGGGAAAGAUCUUCGAACCGGAACGAUCAUUCUCGCGUUGACCAAGUUCGUGUAGUUGAUCUCGAAAGACAAUGA